UACGUGGCGGGCGGGAGUACGGAAGCCGCUGGGAGAAGCUGCACUUACCGCUUCUCUGAGCAUCUCCCUGCUGCGUGGAGCUUCCGCUGGCACCAUGUUGAAGAAAUUCGACAAGAAGGACGAGGAGUCGGGUGGAGGCUCCAACCCCCUUCAGCACCUGGAGAAGAGUGCAGUACUCCAAGAGGCUCGGGUCUUUAACGAAACUCCUAUCAACCCUCGGAAAUGUGCCCACAUCCUCACCAAGAUCCUUUACCUCAUAAACCAGGGGGAGCACCUGGGGACCACAGAAGCAACCGAGGCUUUCUUCGCCAUGACGAAGCUCUUUCAGUCCAAUGAUCCCACACUCCGCCGCAUGUGCUACUUGACCAUCAAGGAGAUGUCCUGCAUUGCAGAGGAUGUCAUCAUUGUUACCAGCAGCCUGACAAAAGACAUGACCGGGAAGGAAGAUAAUUACCGUGGCCCUGCGGUGCGAGCCCUCUGCCAGAUCACUGACAGUACCAUGCUGCAGGCUGUUGAGCGCUACAUGAAACAAGCGAUUGUGGACAAGGUACCCAGCGUCUCCAGCUCUGCCCUCGUGUCUUCCCUGCAUCUGCUGAAAUGCAGCUUCGAUGUGGUCAAGCGUUGGGUGAAUGAGGCCCAGGAGGCAGCGUCCAGUGAUAACAUCAUGGUCCAGUACCACGCGCUAGGACUGCUGUACCAUGUGCGGAAGAAUGACCGCCUGGCUGUGAGUAAGAUGAUCAGUAAGUUCACCCGGCACGGCCUGAAGUCCCCCUUCGCCUACUGCAUGAUGAUCCGAGUGGCCAGCAAGCAACUGGAGGAAGAAGAUGGCAGCCGUGACAGCCCACUGUUUGACUUCAUCGAGAGCUGCCUGCGGAACAAGCAUGAAAUGGUCGUGUAUGAAGCCGCCUCAGCCAUCGUUAACCUGCCUGGCUGCAGUGCUAAAGAGCUGGCCCCUGCUGUAUCAGUUCUCCAGCUUUUCUGUAGCUCGCCCAAGGCCGCUCUCCGCUAUGCUGCUGUCCGCACACUCAAUAAGGUGGCCAUGAAGCACCCGUCGGCAGUGACUGCCUGCAAUCUGGAUCUGGAAAACCUGGUCACAGACUCCAACCGUAGCAUUGCCACAUUGGCCAUCACCACCCUCCUUAAGACCGGGAGUGAGAGCAGCAUUGACCGCCUGAUGAAGCAGAUUUCUUCCUUCAUGUCGGAGAUCUCAGAUGAGUUCAAGGUGGUGGUUGUCCAGGCCAUCAGUGCCCUGUGCCAGAAGUAUCCUCGCAAACAUGCCGUACUCAUGAACUUCCUGUUCACCAUGCUAAGGGAAGAGGGAGGCUUCGAGUACAAGCGCGCCAUUGUGGACUGCAUCAUCAGCAUCAUUGAGGAGAAUUCAGAGAGCAAGGAGACGGGACUGUCGCACCUGUGCGAGUUCAUUGAGGACUGCGAGUUCACUGUGUUGGCCACCCGGAUCCUGCAUUUGUUGGGCCAGGAGGGGCCCAAGACCAACAACCCCUCCAAGUACAUUCGUUUUAUCUAUAACCGUGUGGUCUUGGAACAUGAAGAGGUUCGGGCAGGUGCAGUGAGUGCUCUGGCCAAGUUUGGAGCCCAGAACGAAGAGAUGUUACCAAGCAUAUUGGUGUUGCUGAAGAGGUGUGUGAUGGACGACGACAACGAAGUGAGAGACAGAGCUACCUUCUAUUUGAAUGUUCUGGAGCAGAAGCAAAAGGCCCUCAACGCGGGUUACAUACUAAAUGGUCUCACUGUGUCUAUCCCUGGUCUGGAGAGAGCCCUGCAGCAGUAUACAUUAGAACCAUCAGAAAAGCCAUUUGACCUCAAGUCUGUGCCUCUGGCCACCACCCCUAUGGCAGAGCAGAGACCAGAAAGCACUGCCACCGCAACAGUCAAACAGCCAGAGAAAGUGGCAGCCACUCGGCAGGAGAUCUUCCAGGAGCAGUUAGCGGCGGUGCCUGAGUUCCAGGGGCUCGGGCCCCUCUUCAAGUCCUCACCCGAGCCAGUGGCCCUCACCGAAUCCGAGACCGAGUAUGUCAUCCGAUGCACCAAACACACCUUCUCUGACCACUUGGUGUUUCAGUUUGACUGCACAAACACCCUCAAUGACCAGACCCUGGAGAAUGUCACAGUGCAGAUGGAGCCCACCGAGGCAUAUGAAGUACUCUCCUAUGUCCCUGCCCGGAGUUUGCCCUACAAUCAGCCUGGGACCUGCUACACACUAGUGGCUCUGCCUAAGGAAGACCCUACAGCUGUGGCAUGCACGUUCAGCUGUGUGAUGAAGUUCACUGUUAAAGACUGUGACCCCAACACUGGAGAGAUUGAUGAAGAGGGCUACGAGGAUGAGUAUGUGCUGGAGGAUCUAGAAGUUACUGUGGCUGAUCACAUCCAGAAAGUCAUGAAAGUGAACUUUGAAGCAGCCUGGGAUGAGGUUGGGGAUGAGUUUGAGAAGGAGGAAACAUUCACCCUGUCUACCGUCAAGACACUUGAAGAGGCUGUGGGCAAUAUUGUGAAGUUCUUGGGCAUGCAUCCUUGUGAGAGGUCAGACAAAGUGCCGGAAAACAAGAACACUCACACGCUGCUGCUAGCUGGGGUCUUCCGGGGUGGUCAUGACAUCCUCGUGCGCUCCCGACUUCUGCUUCUGGACACAGUGACGAUGCAGGUGACAGCCAGAAGCUCAGAGGAACUGCCAGUAGACAUCAUCUUGGCUUCAGUGGGCUAAAGUCCGGCCUGUGUAGGCCCUACUCCUUUUUCCACCACUACAUUGAAGUAGCUUCUUUCCCGUCAAGCCAGUGGAAACCCUUUCCCACACCUCUGUAUUCAGAAACAAUCACGAAUCAAUACAGAUUUUUUUUUUUUUAAAUUCCAUCCUAUAACACAGGAAUGCUAGGGUAAAUUUUUUUCACCCUGCCUGCAAGGAGACAUCACAAAUGAAUAAAAUGUUCAGACUUUCUUGCAUAUUUAUCCCCAAAGAAACUGUCUUACCCUAUAUUAAGUCAGCAUGUAUUUCUUACAGCUGCAUCUGCAGGCUUGUGCUGAGGGCCUCCCCCCUCCUUGAGGCCUCCCUUCCCCAAGCGGAGUGUGUAGGUACCCGCUGGGGCUGUGUCAGUGCCAGGCUUAGGAUGGGGAUAAAGGCUAGCUGAGUGACAGCGCUAGCAGGCCCGAUGAGCCACUCAUCUUUGGGCAUUUGUAGAUGGGUAGUCUCCAGAGGGCUGGCGUCCUUCACCAGGGUGUUACCUGAGGAGCUCUGAACCGGGGUCUCUAGAGUGUCUGCUCUGGGUCAGUCUGUGAGUGGGAAGACCAGUCUCUUUUGGCUGGAGUGAAAAAAUCCUAGGGUAUGCCCCAAGGAUCAUGGACCUUAAACUGAAGUCGGGUGUUUUUAAACGAUUGGAAACAGCAGUAGAACUUUCUGAGUGGACCUCCUCUGGGGCCCACUGAGAUGGUGCAGCAGGUACAGGCACUUGCCAAGACUGACUGCCCAUGUGGUGAAGGAGAGAACCAUUUCCCAAAAGUAGUCCUUUGACCUCCUCAUGCGUAGCUUGUAUGUAGUAUGCCCAUACACAUACACGUGUGCAUGUUAGAACAUAGGCCUGCCCCUUUAGGCCGAAUCCCGUUACCUGAAGAGAUCAGGCUACACCUGAGCAUAGCUAAGAAGCUGUGCUGUGGCCUAACAGUAACUCGUGAUUUAUGGUGGUAGCUUUUCCUUGUGCUUGGUCUUGCCUGCUGUUUUGAACUAAAUCAUGUGAUGUGAAAUUUUCUGUCACCCUUAAAAGGUUUAGAGUCAGAUUUCUCAUUUGUUUGGAGGGAUUUGCUCAUGGAGGUUGCUGAAGGCUGCGCCCCUUCUUCUGCCCCCACCCUCCUUCAUCCCUCUGCCAGGGACGCUCUAGAGCAGCUGCUCUUGCCUGCUACCCCCCCUUCCCUCCUUUCUCCCUCCAGCCAUUAUGGAGGGCCUCUCCAGGCUUUAAAGGAAAGCCUUCCCUUUAAGGCCCGACAUGCUUAGACCUUCAUUCAUUAUUGUAUGUAUUCUUUCUGCUAAUACCCUCCCCUCCCACCCCUCUCGGCCUGAUCAUAGCCUGGAUGCCAUUUCAUUCUAAUAAACCUCACU